AUGAUGACCGAGAAAGAAAUUAUUACAAUCGACUUGGAGAAGGCCUCAGAAGAGGAACUUAUUGCUGUGAUCGCCAAGCUGGCAGAGAUCCUGGAGGAGAAAAGAGAGGAGGCUGGUGUGGCCGGCAAAGACACCGACCGCGGGAAGAAGGCCCACAAACAGAAACGCCGCCAUCACUCAAAGAGAAAAUUCAGAAAACUUGGGCGCGAAUUUAGUCCUUUUGGCGAGUACGAAGAAUUUGGACCGUGGGGAUUCCCACCGCCUCCUCCGCCUCCGUCACACCAUUUUGCUGAAGGCGCAUUUGGAGUGCGUGGUCACCACCAUCCUCCACCUCCUCCACCACCAUAUCACCCACACAGCUUCUUUGGCUCUUAUGGUUUUGGCUCCUACGGCAGACCAUGGGGAAGAGGCAGAAGCAAGAACCCCCACUUCAGACACGACUAUCACACAUGCUCGCCUCCUCCACCCCCACAUGCGUUUUGGCAUCGCCGUUACUCCUCAGAUUCCACUCCUGACUCCGGAUCGCAGACAGAAUAG